CCUGGACUAAAAGUUAAAUAAACCCUUUAAACAUGACAUAUCCGGUAUUUAACGUAGCGGUCAGUUACUCCCCCGGAGCAGAGCGUAGAGCGGUAAAUCAGAAACGGAUUUCAUUUUAAUCAACCUUGCUGCAGACAGCGGCGUGUUUUGUGGUGCGGUGUGCAUGCAGAAGGAUGGACGCCCUGGAUCACAUGCUGACCGACCCCCUGGAGCCGGGCCACGGGGGUCGCAUCAUGGAGGACUGCAUGCUAGGAAACACCAGGGUCAGCCUGCCAGAGGACCUGCUGGAAGACCCGGAGAUCUUUUUCGAUGUGGUGAGUGCGAGCACCUGGAAUGACGUGCUGUCGGACUCGCAGCGGCAGCACCUCCUCCAGUUCCUGCCGCAGUUUCCAGAAGACUCCGCGGAGCAACGGGAGCGGGUGAUCACAGACCUGUUCGGGGACGAGAACUUCCGCUUCGGGAACCCCCUGCACAUCGCCCAGAAACUCUUCCGAGAUGGGUACUUCAACCCUGAGGUGGUUCAGUACAGGCAGCUUUGCAUCAAGUCCCAGAGGAAGCGCUACCAGCACUCCCAGCAGCAGUAUUACCACAGGCUGCUCAAGCAGAUCCUCAUCUCCAGGAAGGAGCUGCUGGACUCGGCGCGGAGCAGCGGGCCCGAUCUGGUUCUGAAGCGCCGGUACCCCUCCGCUUCGACCCGGCCCGAGGAGAGGGAGCAGAGGGCCAAGAGACGGGUGGCCAAGAUCCUGCGGGAGGUGAAGGAGGAUUGCGGGGACAGCGCCCUGUCAUCCGAUGAGGAAGACCUGGGCUCCUGGCUGCCCCCCUCUCCCCUGCACCCCUCGAACCUCAGCGUGUCUCUCAGGGUGGUCCCGAGCCUGUCCACGCAGGAUAUGAAGACCACAGAAAAGCCAGAACUGGGGGAUGGAGAUUUGAAGCUGAUGCUGAAGAGACAGAGAGAGAGAAGGAAACGGCAGCCGGACCGCCCUGAUCUGAUGACGUCAGACCUCAACUUGAAUGACAUCAUGACUCGCGUGAACGCAGGGAGGAAGGGCUCGCUCGUAGCGCUGUUCGACUUGGCAGUGCCCAAGAAGAGGCUGAAGGAGAAAGACAAGGAGGAGAAAAAGAAGAAGAAGAUGAAGCUGAUCAAACAGGAGCCAGAAGACUCUCCCGAGCUGCUGGGGGUCCCAGAGUGCCCCCCAGCUCCCCCCGAGCCCCCCCCUGCCCCAGUGCUGCCGGUGGUCAAGGAGGAGCCCCUGGAGGAGGUGAAGGGCUCUCCUCUCUUUGUGGAGGAGAUCGCAGUGAGCUUCUUCAGUCUGCUGGAGGAGAUCCUGCAUCUGGAGUGCCAGGCCAGCUCAGCUAUGAUAGAGGAGAAGGUUCAGCAGUGGCAGGCCUCCCCAGCCAGCACACUGAACCCGUGGUUCUCUGCUGCACCCAACUGGGCUGAGCUGGUACCGUCAGCACUGCAGUUUCUGAGUGGAGAAAGCAAAGCGGGAGUCAUGGCUCUGCCUAGUGGCUUCACCCCCUUUGUGGAGUUCAAAGAUCGGACACAGCAGUGGAAGUGGAUCAUCCCCAGCCAGGACGGUGAGAAGGAUCUCGGUAUGCUCUGCCAGCUGUGGCUCGAGACCAAGGACCAGCCUGUAGUCAAGCAGGAGAGUGAGGAGCUGUCAGACUCCAUACCCCCCACCCCCAGAGUACGGACGGACUAUGUGGUGCGUCCCAGUACUGUAGAGGAGAGACGCACCUUCCAGGAACAGGAGCGGCAGCGCUAUGACCAGCCUCACAAGGCCUUCACCUUCCGCAUGCACGGGUUUGAGUCCGUGGUGGGGCCUGUCAAGGGCGUGUUUGACAAGGAGACGUCCCUGAACAAGGCCAGAGAGCACUCCCUGCUGCGCUCGGACCGGCCAGCCUACGUGACCAUCCUCUCGCUGGUGCGCGACGCUGCGGCCAGGCUGCCCAAUGGAGAGGGCACUCGCGCGGAGAUCUGUGAGCUGCUCAAGGAUUCGCAGUUCCUAGCACCGGAGGUCACCAGUGCUCAGGUGAACACAGUGGUGAGCGGAGCCCUGGACAGGCUGCACUAUGAGAAGGACCCCUGUGUGAAGUACGAUAUCGGACGCAAGCUGUGGAUCUACCUGCACCGCGACCGCAGUGAAGAGGAGUUCGAGAGGAUACACCAGGCACAGGCUGCCGCUGCCAAGGCGAAGAAAGCCCUGCAGCAGAAACCCAAGCCAGCCCCGAAACCUAAGUCCAGCAGUAAGGAGGGAGGACCGAAGACACCAGGAGGGGGUGCCGGUGAGCAGGCUGAACCCGGGUCUCUACAGAGCAGCGUCUCGUCCCAGCCUGCCACCCCCAAAUCACCCACACCCCCCUGCGCCUCCACCCCCAGCAAGACUGCAGCCAGUGCUGAGCCAGCCAAGACCAGCCAGAGUGUGCUGCUGGUCUCUCCGUCCUCGAUGCCCCAGCUCAGCUCUGUCCUCUGCACCAGUCAGCCCUCCCCUCUGCCCCCUCAUCAGCAGCCCCCCCACCAGGCCGGGAUGCAGCCUGCAGCGCGGGUGGUGGCACACUCAGUCACCAGCACUCUGCCGCAGGUGAGGGUGGUCACUGCGCAGGCUGGUCUCACCACCUCACCCGGCGGCCAGCAGGCCUCGCUGGUUCACCAAGGGCAUCAGCAGAUCAGAGUGCCAGUCACAGUGGCACACAGCAAGGGCAUCACACAGACGGUGGUGACUCUGCCCUUGCGCACUCAGUCCACCGGGAGCCCGGUGCAGGUUCAGGCCUCUCGGACACAGACGAGCAUCACGGUGACCGGCCUGGCAUCGGCAGUGACCGUCACCAAAUCCUCUCUGAGCUCCCCUGGCAGCCCGGCACACACCUCCACACCUAGCACCGUCCUGCAGAGCAUCGCGGGGCAGAACAUCAUCAAACAGGUUGCCAUCACAGGUCAGCUGGGCAUGAAGUCCCAGGCAGGAGCUGGCAUCCCUCUGACCGCCACGAACCUGCGUAUCCAGGGCAAGGACGUGCUGCGGCUGCCCCCUUCCUCCAUCACCACGGACUCCAAGGGGCAGACGGUGCUCCGCAUCACUCCAGACAUGAUGGCCACGCUCACCAAGUCCCCUGUCACAACGGUCAAGCUGACGCCGGACAUGCUGAGCGCCGCAGCGGCCGCAGCUUCCUCGGGGGGCAGGCCUCUGUCCGCCACUCUGCACGUGACGUCAUCCUCCGCGGCCGAAACGGUCUCCGCCAUCAAGGCAGCCUGCAGCUCCAUCGGCGGGGGUGCCACCAGCCUGGUCAAAUCGGAAGCCGCCUCAAUCCGUCUGAUGCCGGCGCUGUCCGUCACCAUGGCCGACCAGAAAGGCAAGACCAUCGCGGCCGCCACCUCUGCCGACACCAAGCCGGCCACCACCAUCCGCAUCAUGCCAGGCCUGGGGGUCAUCCCCCAGAAACCGGGCCAGACCAUCACCGUGGCGACGGCUGGCGGCAAGCAGGUGCCAGCGUCGUCGGGGGCCCCCGUUUCUGGGGCGGCCACGGUAACCAUAGCGACCGGCAGCAUGGGCGGCCACAAGGGGGGCACUGGCACGCCCUUCUCGCUGGGGGCAGGAACGGCCACGAUGAGGCAGGUGCCGGUGAGCGCCACGAUGGUGUCCACCGCACAGCAGGGGAAGCUGCCUGCUCGCAUCACUGUGCCUCUCUCUGUGCUCAGCCAGCCUCUGAAAGGGAAGAGCAUGGUGACAGCACCCUUACUCAAGGGCAACAUCGGGACCAAUAUCAGCAGUCUGGGCAGGAAUAUCAUUCUGACCACGAUGCCAGCAGGAACCAAGCUGAUCGCCGGGAACAAACCAGUCAGCUUUGUCACGGCCCAGCAACUCCAGCAGCUGCAGCAGCAGGGCCAGGCCACGCAGGUUCGAAUCCAGACCGUCCAAACUCAGCAUCUGCAGCAGAGAACGGCCUCGGGCUCCCCCAAACCGGUCUCCACGGUUGUCGUGACGACAGCACCCUCCCCGAAACGGACUCCGGACCCUCAGUAGAACCACAAACCCACCCUUUCCCCGCCAGGACAAGAGGCAAGCCUGCCAGCGAGGGCAUGCUAAACCAGGCAAGGAGUCUCCCAGGAGCUGGCAAGGCAAUCACUGGUGCUUAAUGCAGGCUGUAGCCCUGCACCCCAGUGACAGAAUAGCGGGUCUGACAUGAGUCAUACUUCCAGCUGAAUCUGUAUUGUGAAGUCCCUGCCUUGCGAUACCAGGGCACUUCUGACAGUUUUGUCGCGUUGUUAAUCUACAUUAUGUCUCUGUAUUUCCCCACACUUCUUUUCACAGAAUAAUGUAUCUCAAGCAAUGCACACAGGCGCUUUAGCCAGUGUGUCUGUUUUUUGUGUUUUUCACACGACUCGCUGUUAGUAAGAGAGAGCACACACAUUUUUUUACCCAAUCUCUGCUGUCGUGCUUGCCAUGCUGGAGGUCUGCUUUCAUUCCUCGUUUGAAAGACUUGUUUGUGAUUGUGUUUAAUUCCCUGUGGGGGGUGUGUGUGUUAAAAGGCUAAAGUGUUUCAAAUGCAAAGAGAAGAAGAAGGAGGAUUAUGUUUAACAGUGAUUAAAAAUGAACUGAACCGCAUUGUUUUCAUGUUGCUUGGAGUGAUUUAUGAGGCUGUUGUUGCGCGGGGUG